CAACAGCCGCGGAGUCGCCUGGCCCCCAGACUGACUGGCACAGUGGAGAAACCACCCCGCAAACGGAAAAGCAGAAGAGUGAUGUGGGUGCAUGAUGAUGACUUUGACACUGACCAUGUGAGCCAUAGUUCCUGUAGCAGUGAGAUGGAGCAAGAAUCAACUGAUACAGACAGUGAAUGCAGACCUCCUUGCUUCAGAUGACAACGAAAAUAGCAGUGACUGAAUUUGCUCUUAAAGAAAUCAUGUCCUCUGGAGGUGCUGAAGAUGACAUCCCUCAGGGAGAGCGAAAAACGGUUACAGAUUUUUGUUAUCUGCUAGAUAAAUCUAAGCAACUGUUCAAUGGGUUAAGAGAUUUGCCACAGUAUGGACAGAAACAGUGGCAGUCCUACUUUGGAAGAACUUUUGAUGUUUACACCAAACUCUGGAAGUUCCAGCAGCAGCAUCGACAAGUCUUGGAUAAUCGGUAUGGCCUGAAGCGGUGGCAAAUAGGAGAAAUUGCUUCCAAGAUCGGGCAACUAUACUACCAUUAUUACUUACGUACUUCUGAGACCAGCUAUCUAAAUGAGGCCUUUUCCUUCUAUUCUGCCAUCAGACAGAGAUCAUAUUAUUCUCAAGUCAAUAAAGAGGACAGACCUGAAUUGGUAGUCAAAAAGCUACGCUACUAUGCAAGGUUUAUAGUAGUUUGUCUUCUUCUCAACAAAAUGGAUGUUGUAAAGGACCUGGUAAAGGAAUUGUCAGAUGAAAUUGAAGAUUAUACACACCGUUUCAAUACUGAAGAUCAAGUGGAAUGGAACUUGGUGCUUCAAGAAGUGGCAGCUUUCAUUGAGGCGGACCCUGUAAUGGUGUUAAAUGAUGAUAAUACCAUUGUUAUCACAUCCAAUCGUCUUGCUGAAACAGGAGCCCCAUUGCUGGAGCAGGGGAUGAUUGUGGGACAACUGUCUCUGGCUGAUGCACUCAUUAUUGGGAAUUGUAAUAAUCAGGUUAAGUUCAGUGAACUAACCGUUGACAUGUUCCGGAUGUUACAAGCCCUCGAAAGGGAGCCAAUGAACUUAGCCUCUCAGAUGAACAAGCCUGGAAUGCAGGAAUCUGCUGACAAGCCUACCAGACGAGAAAACCCCCAUAAGUAUCUUCUCUACAAACCAACUUUCAGCCAACUCUACACAUUUUUAGCAGCAUCUUUUAAGGAGCUGCCUGCCAAUAGUGUGCUUCUGAUCUACCUGUCAGCCACUGGAGUUUUUCCCACAGGUCGUUCUGAUAGUGAAGGUCCUUAUGAUUUUGGAGGUGUACUUACUAAUAGUAACCGAGAUAUUAUAAAUGGAGAUGCUAUCCAUAAACGAAAUCAAUCCCAGAAGGAAAUGCACUGCCUUCAUCCUGGAGAUCUCUACCCUUUCACAAGGAAGCCCCUGUUUAUCAUUGUGGAUUCUUCCAACAGUGUUGCAUACAAGAACUUCACCAACUUGUUUGGACAGCCCCUAGUCUGUUUGCUUUCUCCUACGGCAUAUCCAAAAGCUUUACAAGAUCAAUCUCAACGAGGUAGCCUCUUCACUCUCUUUUUGAACAACCCUCUAAUGGCCUUCCUGUUUGUCUCUGGAUUGUCGAGCAUGCGUAGAGGUCUAUGGGAAAAGUGCCAAGAAUAUCUUCGAAAAAUCAACCGUGAUAUUGCUCAGCUACUGACCCAUUCACGUUCAAUAGAUCAGGCAUUUCUCCAGUUUUUUGGAGAUGAAUUCCUUCGCUUGCUUCUCACAAGAUUUAUCUUUUGUUCAGCCACCAUGAGGAUGCACAAGAUUUUUCGGGAAACACGAAAUUACCCAGAAUCAUAUCCACAGCUGCCCAGAGAUGAAACAGUGGAGAAUCCUCAUCUCCAGAAGCACAUUUUGGAAUUAGCAUCCAUUCUGGAUGUUAGAAACGUCUUCUUUGAAAAUACCAUAGAUGACUAUUAGACCACAAACCGUCUCGU